AUGGAGACAGUACAAAUGAUUACGCAGCCGCCUCCCGCUGUUGUGCGACCGGACAUGACUACGGUAUCUGUCUUUGACCAUAUCAAAGAGCAACUAGCAGCUAUUCCCCCCCUACCUUCCGACCACCCUCAGGCAGUGGCUCCUGAAUCUUCUGACACCACAGCCACCGAUCCGUCUCAGCUCAGCUGCAGAACCCAGAGCGCGAACGGGAGCACUCAGACACCUGCGACGUCUAUCCUGCUCACAAGUAAGCUCUUCUUUCUUUCGAAGGUUCAUGUUGCGCCCUCAUUACCGGUUCAAGAUGAGUUGGAACUGCUCUGGGACAAGUCUAUUAGAGCUCGACUUCGCGCUUGCCUUGUACAUGAAAUCACACGUGGAACAUGUGUCCAAGAGUUGAUGAUGGCAGGGCGCCGAGCAGAUCAUCUCAAGCCUACUAUAGUCGUCACAUGUGGUGAUAUGAAGACUAGGAAACGCGUUCAGAAGGUGUUCAAGAGACAAGAAUGGCUGCAAAAACUGCUUAAGGCCAGUGACAUGUUAUUUGUUGCUGCUGUGGAACCUACGCACUUGAGUAGCCUGAACACCUCACAGAGAGCUGCAAUUGGAAUCGGAGCCGGAGCAGCGUUUAGCGGUUUCGCUUUACUUAUAUUGACAUGGAUAUAUCGCAGGUGGCUCCACCGGAAAUAUGUAUAUCAUGUUGAGCAAGAACAGAUGGUGUACUUCCCCUCCAUUCCAGGAGAAGAUGCCGUUCCCCAUCUGAGUCGGCAUGCAGUUAUCGGAAUGCCUUCAGAUCAGGAUGCAACUAUCCAACUGCCUUCAGACCCUCUCGCUGUCAUAUUUCCAGCUCAACCAUUAUUUCUUCCCUCACCUCCUCCUACUCCUCCUACCGCAAAGAUGCCGACCCCCACCACCAGCAUGCAAGGAUCAGUGACGAGGCUCGCCUCCGAGAAGAACGCAGCCGCUCAUGGGCUGAUGAACUUCACCUUGGACAUUAAUCAAAGCUUUGACACGCUAUGCGGGCACCAACUGACGAUAAGCAAAUCCGCAAAUGGAGGCUCACUUCAAUGUACCCUUGGUGGGGUGGUGGUCGUGGAUGGCGAAAUAUAUGGAAUGACAGUAGGACAUGUCUUUCCGCUUGAUCAUGCCUAUCCGGCAUCGAACUUGACGUCUAUUAUUACUUCUGAAACGAGCCAACACGAGGAGCUAGAAGAUUCCGACUGUGCCAUCGAUACUGAGGAAGCUUUCUGGUUCGGCCUGGAAAGUGGCGAUGAUAUGUCACAGCAAGGGAUCUCGAACCCUGAGCACAUCAACAACACCCCAAUGCAGCAUAUGGAAGAAGCUGCAGCUGACAAUGCCGACGAAACCAGACUUGUUGCCGCUUCCGGACCCGAUCAACUGUUUUCAGGACAACAUGAUAUUCUGAAUGUGUUUAACAAGGCCGUAGACCAAAGCGACUGGGCACUAUUGCAUCUACCCCGUACUUCAUCGACCUUUACCAACUUGAAAGACCCAAGAAACCCCUGGCUCAAAUCAGUAAUUUUGGGCACUGUAGAUCAUUUUCCACAGGAUGAUGUAUCCGUGCUCUUCCGUGAUAGGUCGUUUUCUGGCGUUCUGCGCAAGUCAAUGUCCACUAUUCUUUGCGAAGGCAGGGCUUACGAUGUGCGAUUGGUGGUGCUCAAUCAUAUAUUGCCACGCGGAAGUUCGGGAUCCUGGGUCGUUGCUGGCAACAGACUGUGCGGACACAUCAUCGCUGUCCGUGAGAAUGUGCCAUGGGCGUACAUGAUGCCUAUUGGACCAAUCUUCGAAGACAUCAAACGAGCAACAGGUGCCAGGGAGGUAGGUCUGUUCUCACCCCUCUCAGCUCAGCAAGAACAAUCUAGAUCCGAACCUGGGUUCCCAGUCCCCAUAUCAACAUCACCUGUAUGA